UCCGAGGGACCAACACACGUAUAACUUUUCAUCAUGUGCGACGACGAGGAAACGACUGCUCUGGUUGUUGACAAUGGCUCCGGACUUGUGAAGGCUGGCUUCGCCGGCGACGACGCCCCCAGGGCUGUCUUCCCAUCCAUCGUCGGCCGCCCAAGGCAUCAGGGCGUGAUGGUCGGUAUGGGUCAGAAGGACGCCUACGUCGGAGACGAAGCUCAGAGCAAGAGGGGUAUCCUCACCCUGAAGUACCCCAUCGAGCAUGGCAUCGUUACCAACUGGGACGAUAUGGAGAAGAUCUGGCACCACACCUUCUACAACGAGCUCCGAGUAGCCCCAGAGGAACACCCAACCCUGCUGACAGAGGCUCCCCUGAACCCCAAGGCCAACAGGGAAAAGAUGACACAGAUCAUGUUCGAGACCUACAACGUGCCCGCCAUGUACGUGGCCAUCCAAGCCGUGCUGUCCCUCUACGCGUCCGGUCGUACAACUGGUAUCGUGCUGGACUCCGGCGAUGGUGUGACCCACACCGUGCCCAUCUACGAGGGUUACGCCCUGCCUCACGCCAUCAUGCGUCUGGACCUGGCCGGAAGGGACCUGACCAACUACCUCAUGAAGAUCCUGACUGAAAGAGGCUACUCCUUCGUCACCACAGCUGAGCGUGAGAUUGUCCGUGACAUCAAGGAGAAGCUGUGUUACGUCGCGCUGGACUUUGAACAGGAGAUGAUGACGGCGGCCACGAGCUCCAGUCUGGAGAAGAGCUACGAGCUGCCUGAUGGACAGGUCAUCACCAUUGGCAACGAGAGGUUCAGGGCACCGGAGGCUCUCUUCCAGCCUUCCUUCCUCGGUAUGGAAUCCACGGGAAUCCAUGAGACCACCUAUAACUGCAUCAUGAAGUGCGACAUCGACAUCCGUAAGGACCUGUACGCCAACAACGUCCUGUCCGGCGGCACCACCAUGUACCCCGGUAUCGCUGAUCGUCAGCAGAAGGAGAUCACCUUCCUGGCUCCCAGCACCAUGAAGAUCAAGAUCAUCGCUCCUCCCGAGAGGAAGUACUCCGUGUGGAUCGGCGGGUCCAUCCUGGCCUCCCUGUCCACCUUCCAAGCCAUGUGGAUCACCAAGCAGGAGUACGACGAGUCGGGACCGUCCAUCGUGCACAGGAAAUGCUUCUAAAUACAAAACACAAAUUGAAUCUUUGACGUAAACUUCAAUUUGAUCGCUACUAUGACUAAGUAACAUAUGUAAGUUGACAAAUGAGUACAUUGAGAUGAAUACUAUUCCGAUUGAGCCGUGCUAUGGGAAGGGGAAUAUAAUAUAAAUGCAAGUGACUGAACUGUGUGGGUGACUGGCGAAGUCGUGUAUAGUAGCGUUUGAAUUGGAGUUUCUAAUUCCCAGAAUUGCCUUACCAAUUGCUGACUUGUCGAGAUUUGAAGACGAAGAAGAGGGGUUCUGUACUUUGCCUUAUUUCUAAUUUGUACAUACGCACAAAUCAUGAAUCACCAAACAUCGAUCACCAACCGUCAUGGCACUAUAGACUAUGUUUGCAGGAUGAACAUUGUGAAUAAAUGGUUCAAGACUUUC